CAGCUGUGGGCUAAGGCCGCUUGUGUCGUUGGCAGGAUCCGAGCCUAGCGCGGCGGCGAGCGUAGCCGUGGGAGCCGGCCUCUGCUCGUGGCAGCCCGCUGUCACCUUCUCUUCUGGCAAUGGGGAAUGGACUCUCGGACCAGACGCCGAUCCUCUCCAGUCUGCCCUCUUUCCAGAGUUUUCACAUUGUCAUCUUGGGACUGGAUUCCGCUGGAAAGACGACCGUGCUCUACAGACUGCAGUUCAAUGAGUUUGUCAACACUGUCCCCACCAAAGGAUUUAAUACGGAGAAAAUCAAAGUGACGCUGGGCAACUCGAAAACGGUCACUUUCCACUUCUGGGAUGUAGGUGGCCAGGAGAAGCUGAGGCCGCUGUGGAAGUCGUACACAAGGUGCACCGAUGGCAUUGUGUUUGUGGUGGACUCUGUCGAUGUUGAGAGAAUGGAGGAGGCCAAAACAGAACUUCAUAAGAUUACUAGGAUAUCGGAAAAUCAAGGAGUGCCUGUCCUUAUCAUUGCUAACAAGCAGGACUUGAGGAACUCUCUCUCCCUUUCUGAAAUUGAGAAAAUGUUAGCGAUGAGUGAGCUGAGUUCUUCAACUCCCUGGCAUUUGCAGCCUACCUGUGCAAUCAUUGGAGAUGGACUCAAAGAGGGACUGGAGAAACUACAUGAUAUGAUAAUUAAGCGAAGGAAAAUGCUGAGGCAGCAGAAAAAGAAGAGAUGAGUUCUAUUUUGACCUUUCUAUUUUAGAGUAGUUACAUGGUCAAAAUUUGACAUAAGACGGCUUCCAAACCCAGGCCUGCUGGUUUGGAUGCCGUUACGCUUAGUUACGUUAAACAAUCAGUUGCACAACCUUGCCGUGUGGAAGGCUGUGCAGUUAUGGAACUUUUUUUUUUUUAAUUAGUCUCUUCUGAGUUUUAUGGCUCUGCAUUAUUUCAGAAGCCCUAAUAGAUGAUGUAAUACUAUCAGGAAAUGGAUGGGUGGGUAUAUGUGACAUGGAUGUCUAAAUAGCCAAAUAAAAUGAGGGUUUUCUGCUUAGUGUUGUAUUCAUAUGUUUGAGGGUGCCCUCUACAAGCAAUUUGCAUUGAAGGUGUUCUGUGUUUCCGAACUUUAAUGCUCGUAAGUGGAGUGUUUAGGUGAACAUUAUACAGCUUUAAAAACAUGUAUGAAGCUAGUAACCCAUUAUUUCGAGAGGCUGUUUUUUACCUUGUUUGGGGAUUUCUAUGAAAGCUUGGCUACAUGUGUAGUUUUUUUAAUUUGGCACUUUCUGAAACUGAAUUGUUCAGUUCAAAUACUUGAAAUCUAAGUGCUGUGGAUUCUUCAACUGAUAAAAGAAAGACUUUUUGAUGAGUAAGAAAUGUAAACAACACACUGGAGCAUGAAAAAGUGGUUUCCCAACAUAUAGCAUGUUUUUGGUAUGUAAGGUUUUUUUAUUUUUUAGAAGUAGCCAUUCAUCAUUAUACAGUGCUAAUCAGGUUUAAACUGUUACUCAAAAUUAGUAAUUUAUUUCUGAAUUAUGAGUAUUAUGUCCUCCUACUAUCAAGUUACAAGUAAAUUAAUUGCAGUAAAGGAGCUACAGAGAACAACUCUGGCUGUUGUGGUUCUAUCCACUGCAGCAUUCUUCACUCCACUGGUGACUUUUCUGGCAAUAAAACAAAAUUAUAAUGAAGUAAAGAUGGAGUUAAAAUUAGCAGAGCACAUCUUGUAUCUCCCCAAAAUACCCCAUUUUAUUAAAGUGGUGUUGCUAUGUCACUUUCAAUGUAUGCUUUUUUCAUUGUGACUCUUAAAGUAUUUUGUGGUUAGGAAUGUAAUAAUGCUUUAUACACAAACAUUUGACACUACCGGGGGUGGGGGGAGUGGGGAGGUGGGGAGCGGGGGAAGAAGAUUUUCAAGAUUGGCCUGUGUUCUGCUUUAAUUAUGCUUUAAGCUGUUCUUGUUUACAGAGAGUGCAAACAGUGUUAACUGGGCUGGAUAGUGCUUGACGGAAAAGGGAGGGUAGAUUUUCUUACUGGUACAGAGCUUCAAGUGACUCUUUAGAUACUUGGCUAGCAAUUAAAAGGGCUAAAACAGAGCCUGGAUUUUUAAGACUAACUUUAGUGGUGCUGUAAAAACUCAUCAGAAUGUUAGAUUCUCUUUAAACUUUUGUUGGAGAUACCAGAUUUAAAAAAAAAAAAAAAAAAGGCAAAAUCUAUUUCCUCCUUUUACUCAACCAGCAAAGUAAUACAUUUUUCUUACCUGCUGCCAUGUAUCAGGAGGAUGACAGCUACAAACCUGAAUGUCAAUCAAUGUAACUUAGAUACGUU